AUGACGCCUCACCGCCCCCGUCUUGCCCGCGCCCUCGCCCUCUCCCACCUAACCCACCACUUCCUCCUCCUCACCACCCCCACAACCGCCCUCGCCAACCCCUCCCCAAACCCCCACCUCCCCUUCGUCAUCAACACCUGGGCCGGCCCUUUCACCGUAGCCACGGACGCCGCCUACCACUCCCUCACCGACCCCACCUCCGCCCACUCCCGCACCCCCGCCCUCGACGCCGUACAAGCGGGAUGCGCGGCCUGCGAGCAGCGCCAAUGCGACGGCACGGUGGGGUUCGGCGGGUCGCCGGACGAGGCGUGCGAGACGACGCUAGACGCGCUGCUCAUGGACGGCGCGAGCAUGAAAUCCGGCGCUGUGGCCGGCCUGCGGCGCAUCCGGGACGCUGUUGCCGUCGCGCGCGCCGUGCUCGACCACACGCGCCACUCGCUGCUGGUUGGGGACCUGGCGACGCGGUUUGCUGUUGAGAUGGGGCUAGGGCCCGGAGGGGGAUUUGGGGACGCCGGAGAAGCAGGAAGGAGGUGCCGAGGAGUGGAGGGCUGGGGGGUGCAAGGGGAAUUAGAAUCCGGCUGCGGUGCAGCCGGAUCCGGAGACGUCGUGUGGGGCCGUAUCGGCCCGUUGUCCGUUGCGGGGGGUGGGGUGUUGGGGUCGGUUGGGGGAGAUGAGGGGCAGGCUUCGCAUGAUACCAUUUCUAUGGUAGUGAUUGAUAGGGAGGGGGGUAUGGCGGCGGGGACGUCGACAAACGGGGCGGCAUUCAAGAUACCCGGCCGUGUUGGAGAUGGGCCGAUCGUAGGGAGUGGGUCGUAUGUGGAUAGGGACGUAGGCGGAUGCGGUGCGACGGGAGACGGGGACAUCAUGAUGCGAUUCUUACCGUGUUACCAGGCGGUUGAGAACUUGAGGCUGGGCAUGACGCCGACAGAAGCGGCUGAGGAUGCGGUCAGGCGCAUGCUGCGGAAAUAUCCUAACAUAUCGAGCGGGCUUGUCGUGGUGAACAACAAGGCCGAACACGGUGCGGCAGGGUCUGGGUGGACCUUUACCUACGCCUUCCGAGGAGGAGCAAUGAAUGCUACCGAGGUGGUCACCGUCCCGCCGUUGGAGGCUGGUUCGGCUCUCCAGUUUGGGAAGUGA